CAAUCGUGAUAAUACAAAUAAUUAACAUGUCCAAAUCAUCGAUACACACAUUAAAUAAAAUCGAAUUGUAAAUUACAUUUGACUACCAGCAAAUACUUUGAUCGUGGUCUCGUGUCGUGUGGCUACCCUGGUCACAGUAGUUAUCGGAUAUCGAUUUUCCUUGCAACCACUGUGGCGUCUAUUUGGUUUUGUGUUUGUGUUUAUUGUUUGGCGCCGUUAUUGGUUUAUUACUGACUGUUACUGAGUGCCCACGAUGUCCGACGACGACUGCGAUAUAUUCAGUGCUGCUCGCAAGCGGAUUCCCGAAAUAGCUUUGCCCAAGAAUCCUUACAAUCUUGGCAAUGAUUCCUUCUCCAAGGAGGUGGACUACGAUUUCAUUGAAGACCUCCCCAAGAAAUCAACUAAAACUGGCAAACGAAAGAACCCUGCAGCGACGCGGAAAAAUCCACCCAAAAGUCAGGAUGAUGCUUCGCCACCAAAACAGGCAGAACAUAAGGCUGUGGAGCCAGAAGAGGAUAUGAGAACAGAGCGCUCCCUAUCACCGGUAUCCCUGUUGAUAUUGGAGAUGGAAAAGAAAAAUGGCCAGCAAUCGGAUGUGGAGAAGCACGCCAAAGAAAAUGACGUUGGUCCUGUGGCCAGACGCACACGGUCAUCGUUAAAUAGGUCAGAAAUGGCGCCACCACCUGUUUCACCGACUGUGGAGGUGCCCACACAGACGAAACCAAAGAAGCGCGGCCAAAAAAAGAGAACAUCUCUAACAACCACAACCAGCAACUCUGCUUCGAUGGAGGUCUCAUUGCCAAGCAUUGUAGGUCAGAACAAUGAGCACAUUAGCAGACGGUGGACGUUGGCCGAAGUUGCAGCCCGUUCCAAAGUGGUGGACAGUAUUGAUCUGGUAUCUGCGGUCGCUCCCCGAGUGGAGGGAUUUGUUAAUCUAGACUCUGAAGACGAGGGUGAAAAGGAGGCUCCUCCUGUCGUAGAGGAAGAAAAUAUUUUUGAUAACGAUAAUCCCACAAUAGAAGUAGCUUUGUCGUGGCUUGGCGAGAUCCAGAUUUAUAAAUUGCGGCAGCACCAAAAGUUUAAGCAUCUGUUCAAGGAGUUAGCAUCACGCAAUGGGAUAGAUGAGAAUGAUAUAACGGUGGAUAUGUACUAUAACUUCGUUGGACCUGAGGAUACGCCGCACAGCAUUGGUCUCAAAUCAUUUCAUACGCUCACUGGCCAUCCAACAAAGAGUCACAAUAAUAACAACGUGGCUGCUAAAAUUGACUACAAUCCAGAAGCUCUUUGCCGGAAACCUAAGAAGUUUCAAGUUAAAGUACAGGCGGAUAAAUGGAAGCAUCCUUUGGUGAUACCCAUGAAGAAAACUGAUAAUUUCAAAAUCAUAUUUAUUAAGUGUGCUGAGGAGUUGAACUGUGAUCCCCGAACCAUUAAAUUGUUUUUUGACGGUGACUUGUUGGAUCCAAAUGAUACGCCCAAUAACCAGGAUAUGGAGGGCAACGAAGUUAUAGAUCUUAAAAUAAAGGCUUAAAUUUUGAGCAAAUUUAUCUAUUCUAGCCGAAAAAUAUUUUUAAAAGAAAUUAUAUUAAUGUUUUGUUUACGAUUAGUUAAUUGCUGUGCAAGAUUUAUUUUAUUAUCAAAUGUUUCUAUGUAUGAUUGAAUAUUUCUAAUUUUCUUUGU